AUGAAUGGCUUGUUUCCCCUUGCAAAGUGGUCAUUUCGCUUGUCGCGCCGACUGCCUUUUAUCAUCACGCCAUCGCAAACUGCACUGUUCGCGAAAUCACUUCGAACUAAGUUUGCUUACUUUUCGGCACACAAUCCUUGUUUGACAUGUCGUUCUAGAAGAGUAGAAUAGUUGUGUCAUCUAAUUCGGCGGAGCCUGUUUUUCGUUGUGUUUUGAAAAACAACUAUUCAACAUCCAUUAGACACGAUUUCCUGUUCCCCAAAUGUGUUGUGUUUGGUGUGGGGGCCCUUUUAAAAGUGAAAUUUUCUCGAUGUUCUCUUUUCAGGCUUUUUGUAUCGGUAAUUUUGGCUCAGUUUUUUUUUGACAAGGUUCUUGAAAAGUCGCUUGAAACGACUCUUCGUUUUGAAAUGCGUAUGAAUUUUUUCUGCUUUUAAGUACAGAGAGGAUUUUUAACCGAUUUUUCUAGAAAAAUCUAUAAACAGAUUCAUUUCGUUGUCAUUUUCGACACUAGAUCGAUUAUUAUUCUAAAAGCGAUUUUCUUCAUUUUGAUCAUGAGAACUCGAUAUCAGUGUACUUGAAAAGCUGAAAAUUCUUGAAAUGGUUCAAUAUUUUCUGAAGAAUGACCGGCUCCGAGCAACUGCGCCACGAUCUCGAGGAUGCGGCCAACCGCAUGCGAAUUUCGGCCAUCGAGAUGACGUGCGCCUCGAAAUCCGGCCAUCCGACGUCUUCUGCCUCCGCCGGUUUGCUUCAAAUCAUCUACUCUUGAAUUUUAAUACGAUGACUUAUAGCUGAGAUCGUUUCCACGCUUUUCUUCAAUGAGAUGCGUUAUGACGCUCACGAUCCGAAGAACGCCAGUGCGGAUCGUUUCAUUCUUUCCAAGGUGAUUCUGGAGGGUCAAGAACUUGGAAAUGAGAGAAAAAUCUCGGAAAUCAUAAAAUUGCUAUCACAGCAGGAUUUAAGAUCAAAUUCGAAUAAAAAAAUAAAAAGAAAAAUUUCAAGUUUUUCCUCUUCUUUUUUUCGAGCUUUUUCUUGUAGAAAUAAAGCAAAGUACCAAUCCUUCAUAAGAUAUUGCGGAAAUCCUUGGAUUUGAAAUUGAAAAACUUUGAUUGAUUAAAAAAAUUGUUACGGACUGGAAAAAAAGACAGUAAAUUUUUCGAAAAAUCAGCCCCAAAUUUUCUGGCAAAGUCCACUGUAGUUCUUUGCUACAACCGUUAAAAAGAAAAAUCUAUUUCAAUUUUUUUCGAGCUUUUUUUAAAAAAAUAAGGCAAAGUGCCAAUCAUUCAUAAGAAACUGUAGAAAGCUUGAAACUAAUAUUCAAAAUUUUGAUUCAUUGAAAGUCGUUGGGGACUUUAAAAAGACAGAAAAUUCCCGAAUAACAUCCUCAAAUUUUCUGUCACAGCCCACUGCAGUGCUUUGGUACAAAGAUCCAAACUUGAAAAAUAAGAAGCUAUUUCAUUUUUUCCAGCUUUUCUUGAAGGAAUUCAAUUUCAAAUAACUGUAUGAAAACCUUGAAACUAAACAUUAAAAUUAUCGAUUCAUCAAAAUAUGACGGACUUGGUUCAACUUUUGAAGCUUCAUAGAGAAAAAAACCGGGGAAAUUGGAUAAAAAUUGAAUUGUUGGAAUAGGUUUGCGUCUUUGAACAAAUUUUGAACAAGAAAGGCUUAUGAAGGUUCAAAAAUAUUUUGUUCACUUUUUCAAAAUUUAGGGACACGCCUGCCCGAUCCUCUACGCGGCCUGGGAAGAGGCGGGUCUCCUGAGCCACGACCAAGUCCUGACUCUCCGACGGAUCGACUCCGACAUCGAGGGUCAUCCAACACCUGUAAAUCGAGAAAUAACGGAUUUUAACCAAUUUCGCCAUUAAGAGACUCAACUUCAUCGACGUGGCGACCGGAUCCCUCGGCCAGGGUCUCUCGGCGGCCGCCGGCAUGGCCUACGUCGGCAAGUACAUCGACAAGGCCAGCUACCGCGUCUACUGCCUUCUCGGCGACGGCGAAUCCGCCGAAGGGUCCGUCUGGGAGGCCGCCGCCUUCGCCUCUCACUACAAACUCGACAACCUCGUCGCCAUCGUCGACGUCAACCGCCUCGGACAGUCCCAAGCCACCGCGUUGGGACACGAUUUGGAGACCUACAAGGUCUGGAGGAUUUUUUGCUUUGAUUUGAAAGAUCGUGAUAUCAUAAUUAGCGUAUUCGGACUUGGGUAACAAUAUCCUGACGUUUCUGAGCUAGAGAUCACUUAAGAGGGCUGAAAGUCAGAUAAAGUCAAAUAUUAUUUUUUUUUUGCUUCCAAAAAAAUAUUUUGACAAGUUUCAACGAAUUUCUAGCGUACCUGGGUAAAGUCGUGUCUCAUCAGCUCUAGGGGUCACUUAAGAGUACUGACGCCCCCAAAGGGGUCACUAAAAUGUCCCGAAACGACCGAUUCCUGUUAUCAAUGACAAAGUCACGAAAAUGAUAAUCUCAAUCUCUACCAUCAACUUUUUUUUUGUCUAAUCCAGUCAAGACCCUUUUUUUUCGAGAGCUGACUGAUCCUUUAAAGAUUGGCUUGGACAUGUAGCGCUUCGAUAGGAAAAAUGAUUUUGGACGUUUUUUCAUCAUGUAGUCUGCUCACAAUGCAGUAAAAUGACGUCAUUCGCAUAAGCUAUGUAUAUCGCUCACUCUCUGAUUGGUUCAUUGUGGGGGCGGAGCUUGAACGACUACUUGACUUUUAAAAACUGGGCAGACUAUAUUUUGAUCGCCAAGCUAUAAUCCAAAAUUUGGUCGAUAUCUACAGAAAAUUUCAGGAUUCUAGAUCUGUAAGGUCUAUGAUAUUUCGAAGAAUGAAAGAUUUUAAUUUUUCAGUUCUGAAUGAAUUUCGUAACACUGAUUUAAGCUCAGGAACUUUACUUUAAGGCUCUGAGAGAUCACGGGAAAUGUCCCAAGGAUUUUCACCUCGUAGCAUUCAUUUCUCUGGAAAUUCAUCUUGUUCAGGCGCGAUUCGCGGCCUUCGGAUUCCACGCCAUCAUCGUCGAUGGCCAUUCAAUCGACGAGUUGCUCAAGGCGUACGCCGAGGCCAAGAACACCCAAGGAAAGCCUACCGCGAUCCUCGCGAGAACGCACAAGGGCCGUGGCAUCGCCGAUGUCGAAGAUUUGGAUAACUGGCAUGGAAAGCCGGUUUCUGAGGAGAAGGUUUGAGAUAUUCAGCUAGCUCGGGAUGCUAAGGGGCGUGGCCCCCCUGCGCUCUCCAAAAAUCAUGAACUAUAUUUUUUUUUCGUUUCAGAAUCCUUUUUGAUGGCUCAAGCCAGUUAUAUAAGGAAACAUAUUUUGCUCAUAUUUUGCAAAAUUCAGGCCUUUUAUAAAAACCUUCAAAACGAAAUAGAAAAAUAACACAAAAACCUUUUUAUUAGGAUUUUUCGAGAGUAUAAUUGAAAGUGUAAAAAGUUCAUUCUGGUUCGACUGUUAUAGUUUUUGCUCCUAGGAGGCACCCCAAUCUUUCCAAUAACCUUUUUUUUCUAUUUUUUCAAGCCAAGACCUAUGAUGAAUUUUUUUUUGAUUUCAUUCAAUUCAAGUCCCAUAAAUUCAGAUCGGAGCCAUCCGGUCCAGAUUCCAUGGCAGUGAGAAGGGAAAAUUGGUCGCCAAAAAGCCGGUUGACGAUGCCCCAAAAGUCGACCUUUGCAUUGGAAAUAUCAAGAUGGCCGCUCCAGAGUACAAGCUCGGAGAGAAGGUUUUCCCAGAUUUUUCUUCGACCAAUAAUUUUUUGAAUUCAGGUCGCCACUCGCGCCGCCUACGGAACUGCCUUGGCGAAACUCGGAGACGCCUCCCCGAGAGUUAUCGGCCUUGACGGCGAUACCAAGAACUCGACCUAUUCUGAGAAGCUUCUUAAGGUAUUUUCUUGAAGUAUUUCUAAGGAAUGCUAUGAGAAUUAUGUUAAGGCCCACCCCGAACAGUUCAUCGAAUGCUUCAUCGCCGAGCAGAACCUGGUUGGAGUGGCCGUCGGAGCUCAAUGCCGUGGAAGAACCAUUCCCUUCACUAGGUGUCUAUUUGUAGCUCUUUUCAGAGGAUUUUGACAGACUUUUCAGAGACCUAGCCUUGGAAUUGAAACUUUUCUCGAAGUCUAACCUUGAAAAAAGCCUGUAGCUUCAUAGUUAGGUCGAACUUAGAAAGGGAAAGUGUUAGGUUGUUUGGAAAAAAGAGAUAAAAAAAAAAAUCAGCCCAGUGCCAUGGAAGAAUUACUCCGUUGACUAGGAAUCGAAUUUUUGGUUAUUUUCUGAGGAAUUCAAUAGCUUUUGUAGAAAUCUAGCCUUGAAAUUGGAGCAUGAAUCGUUCUAGCUAGGCCUUUAGUAUAAACCCAAAAAAGGUUAGGUUAUUUGUGAAAAAAAGAGCCGAAAUUAGCCUGUUGUCGUGGAGAAACUACUUUAUUCAAUAGGUAUGAAAUUUAUUGUUUUUUUUUUCGGAGGAUUUUGAUACAGGUAGUAGAAAGCUAGCCAUGAUAUUGAAGUCUUCUAGUUAGGCCCAAGAUAUGAAGUAUAAAGAUAUUCGGCAAUUUCAAAAAAGGCCGAAAUCAGCCUAGUUCCCUGUAAACUCUACUAUGUUUACUAUGUUUCGAGUUUUAGUUAUUUUUAGAAGAUUUUGAUAGAUUUUUGAGAGUCUAGCCUUGAAAUUGAAGCUUUCCUCAAGGAAGACCUUGAAAAAGUCAAACUUCAGAAAAAAUUACAAAAAUCCAUGUUCUUUUUUCUCAGCACCUUCGCCGCCUUCUUCACCCGCGCCACUGACCAAAUCCGCAUGGCUGCCGUUUCUUUCGCCAACCUGAAAUGUGUCGGAUCUCACGUCGGAGUUUCCAUCGGAGAGGAUGGCCCUAGCCAGAUGGCUCUUGAGGUAAAAUAUUGAGCAAAGUGAUUAUUAAUCUCCGAUUUUCCAGGACCUCGCCAUUUUCCGCGCGAUUCCCGACUCGACCGUCUUCUACCCAACCGACGGAGUUUCCGCCGAGAGAGCCACCGAACUGGCCGCCAACAUCAACGGAAUCGUCUUCAUCCGCACUGGAAGGCCGGCUCUGCCAGUUCUUUACAAGAACGAUGAACCUUUCAUGGUUGGGCAGGCCAAGGUUUGAAAAAAGGGAAAAUAAUGAGGCAUAAAAUAUGACUUUUGAGGUUCUGAAAGAGUCGCCAAAGGACAGCAUUCUGUUCAUCGGCGCCGGCGUGACCCUCUAUGAGGCUCUGAAGGCCGCCGAGGAGCUCGAGAAGAAAGGCAGGAGAUUCGAAUCGAAAAAUGGUCUAUCAAGUCGUUUUCAGGUGUCCACGCGGCUGUUAUCGAUCCGUUCACCAUCAAGCCCUUGGAUGUUAAAACCAUUGCGGCUCACGCUCAAAGGGUUGGAGGCCGUGUCCUGACCAUCGAGGACCACUACCCGGCUGGAGGCAUUGGAGAAGCUGUCCGUUUUUUUUAAUUGAGAAAGGGAUAUACUUAGGAAAGAGUGGCCACUAAAGGGGCUCUUGUAGGUUUCCCUCUAGAGGACGCUGAAGCUUGCAAAAGUGGCCAUUCUAGGGAAGCAGGCUAGUUUUUUAUUAUCAGGAACGCUAUGAAAAAGAAGUAUUUACUAUACGAAGAAGAAACGUAGCCGUUUUCACUAGAAAGUGAUAUAAUUAGGAAAGAGUGGCCACUAAAGGGGCAUUUGAAGGUUCCCCUCUAGGGAGCACUGAAGCUUGCAAAAGUGGCCACUCUAGGGAUCAAGCUAUUUCUUUAUUCUCAGGAACGCUAUGAAAAGAAGUAUUUUCUAUACGAAAAAGUCAAUAAAUGAGAAACGUAGCCAUUCUUACUAGAAUGUGAUAUCCUCAGGAAAGCCAGAGUGGCCUUUUAAGGGGCUCUAGGCGCGCUGAAGCUUGCAAAGUGGCCACUCUAGGGGGGCAAGUUAGUUGUUCAUUGUUAUGAACGCUGUGAAAAAGUCAAUGAAUUAGCGUUUUUUGAAUGAAAAAAGUCCACAGCAGAUAAUUCGAUCAUUAAAUAAGCCUUUUUGAUUUUGAAGUCUGAAAAGGAAAAAUUAGAAAACCUCUUUAGGGACCACUUAAGCUUUAGACCUCGAGGUCAGACCCCUAAGCCCACUAACCCCUCUAGGGGCCACCCUGGCAUUUCUUAGUAAAUAUUUUUUUCAAUGAACAAUCAUUUUAUUGAAAAUUCAGUAAGUUUACUUGAAAUUACGCUAAAAAAAUUGCCUGAAACUGUUUCAAAAAAUGAUUUCCAGGUCGCUGCCGCCCUCGGUGACCUGGCCAACGUCAGAGUCCGCUCCCUCGCCGUGCACGCCGUCCCAAGAUCCGGCCCACCCGAGGAGCUUCUCGAUCUCUACGGCAUCUCCGCCAAACACAUCAUCAAGGCUGUCGAGAACUUUGUUUGA